AUGGAGAAACUGUCUUCAAGUUCCAGUGGCUCGCGAGAGCUCCAGUGUAUUGGGAAAUUGGAAAUCGUCAGACCAAAGCCAGUCGGUUUCCUCUGUGGCUCCAUUCCUGUCCCCACUGAUAAAGCUUUCCACGAUUUCAAUUCCGCUCUUAUUCCGUCCACCCAAACAGAGGGAGCUCCGAGAUAUCGGAUGAUUCCAACUGAGACUGAUCUCAAUAUGCCACCUCUGCUUUCGACUCUGCCUGAAAAGAUGCUUCCAAUAGCAGCCGUACAAUCAAGGACCACUGGAGAAGAGAAAAGCAAACAUGAGGAUUUAAAAAAAAGUCAAAUGAAGUGGGGUCCUACUGGUGGAACUGAAUGA